AUGGCAGAAAUCUAUGUUGUUCCUUUCUACAGUGACCAAAUUGAAGUGACUGUUACGAAGAAUGCUGUCGUUGUUAAUGAUUGGAUUCUGGAGACCGUUCAUGUUCGGAAAUCCAACAAACUUCUUGUUGGACUUGAUAUCGAGUGGCUGCCCUGUUUCAACCCUGACGAAAAUCACCCUGUUGCUCUACUCCAGCUCUGCGUAGGACGGCGUUGCUUACUAUUCCAACUUCUCCACAAAGACGGCCUUCCAGCAUUCCUCGCCAAGUUCCUUGGAGAUCCGAAUGUCAAGUUUGUUGGAGUCGGGGUUAAAGGAGACGCGGAGAAAUUGCUUCGCGAUCAUAAGCUGUUUGUGGCGAAUACUGUGGAUUUGAAUCGAUUGGCAUUAUCGAUUUGUGGAGAGGAGGUGUAUGGGAAGAUGGGGUUGAAGAGAAUGGCGAAAGAGGUGCUUGGGAAAGUGAUGGAGAAGCCAAAGAAUGUGACAUUGAGUAAGUGGGAUGCAGAGGAAUUGGUGUAUGAACAAAUUGAAUAUGCUGUUAUUGAUGCUUUUAUGUCGUUUGAGAUCGGCAGAAAUUUGCUUAAUUUAGUGUGGAAGAGAGAAAGAGAGAGCCGCCCUCUCCCUUGUGUGCCAUAUUUGAAUUGUCAUUAUCAACAGCCAUUGUUGCUGCUGCAAGAUACUCAAGGGAUGUUUCAAACAUUUGCUCUGUUUUGA